ACAUUGUGAACCAGCUUUAUAUAAAGGGCAUCACUUCGGCCUAAACCAACCAAAGUUCGUUACAUCAAGACUGAAUGCUAACUGUAGCGCUAACGUACUGGUACAGAUUUCCAUAAUGAAGGCUCUGUGUGGAAUUGCUAUUUGUGUCUUGAUAUUAAUCGAGGUACACAUUGCCGCAUCGUGUUCUCCAACUCGAGACUGGCGUCCACAAAGCUUCGUCGACCGAUUGGAGAAUGCUGCAAUUGCAUUCAAGGGUAGAGUUAUCCACAUGCCACAACCACCAUUCUAUGGGAUGUAUACGGUCAAGUUUGAAGUCGACUGUGUUUACAAAACGUCUCUACCGAUCACGAAAGAAGUUAACGUCUUCGGGUUCGGAUAUGAUGGAGGCAUGUGUUCAUCCACAAUGGUUACCGCCGGGGGAUCCUACAUAAUGUUAGCACGAGCACCUUAUACUACAGGAGGAAACCUGAUGGUUGAUAUGGUUAACAUGCAACCCGCUGCUGAAACUGCUUCACAAACUCUCCUCGCCAGGGUGCAAAAUGUGCAUUCUUGCCAAAAACCCGAAUAAAAAUAUGUUGGUUGUUCUUUCAAAACCUCACA